AUGUCGAAAGUGAUUGUGUUCAAUGGAGCCGAGCCUAAACGAAGGCAGUACAGUAAGCUGGGGUGCAAGGAAUGUAAGCGGAGAAAGAUCAAGUGUGACGAGGGCAAGCCCGCGUGUUGGCAGUGCGACCGGUUGAAGAAGCUGUGUGUGUAUCCGAUGCGGGGCGAGCGGGUACGACGGGCUAGUUUGAAGAAGUUGAAUUGGCAACAACAUCAACAACAUGGGUUGUCGGCCGCAUCUGAGUCGGAACUCGCACCCAAACCUACACUCACAUCUACACCCACGUCGUCCGUUGGAUUGCACUCUACAACGCUAGAACAGCCGAGCGUGGCCGUGCCGGGGCCGGUGCCCGUACCCAUGCCCAUGGCCGUGCUGGCGGAAGCACCCACCUCAAGACCGGCAAAGGCGCAGGUUCAUUUUACCACCACUGGUGGCGGAGAUGUGCCAGGGGUCGGUCGUCGAUUACAUGGAACGCCCCAUUUUGAUCUGUCCCCCCAGACUCACCAGCACACAAAGGGAGGCUCCACCCACCAAGAGCCCUCCACGACCAUCAUCAAUGGGAAGUCCAUGCAUGGGAAGUAUCUUUCACAACCACUCCAGGGCGAAGCUGCUGCUGCCCCACUGGCGCUCCCACACCCACAGACUCUCCCCCCACUACCGAGAAACCACCUGAACCUGACGAAUGGCCCCACGCUGCUUGUUCCGCUGCUGCUGCUGCUGCUAACCCACCUUCUCAAUACCAACUCGCCGUCGUACCUGGCCCUUCAGCCACAACAAACCCCGACAUCUUCGUCGACCAACAUUGGCGUGUCCCCACUACCACUAGAGUAUGACGGCUUCAGCAAAGAUGAUCUCAAUCUCUUGGCCACAGACUUGAACAACAUUGUGUCCAACAUCAUGUUCGAGUCCAAGUACGAGGUCCAGAGCGAUAAGAGUGUCAGUGAUUUUGACAUUGGCAGUGGUACAGGAGCCUCCGCCCUGCCGUUCCCCUACGGGUACGGGUCGCAGAUGUUGACACCAAUGGCCAAUUACCAGACAUAUAUGGUUGAUCCAGCCACUGGUACCACCGGCCCCAUAGGUGCUGGAGCUGGAGCUGGAGCUGGUGGAGCUGGUGUAGGCUCCGGUACCGCUGCUGACGCCAAUGCUAUGGCCAACGCGAUACAUGACGGAGCAAGAACAACCGUGGGUAUCACCCCCAAGGCCAUUCCUCUUGAUUACAUCAAAAUCAAUAAACCCCAUGAGAAAUUGUACUUGGAGGAGUUCUAUAACGAGUUUUCCGGAAUCAUUCUCCCCUUCAACGUCUACGACGAGGGCACCAGAUCGCUUAUAAACCCGGCACGAGACAUCCUUCUCACCUGUGCGGCAAAGGAGAAGUACCUCUUGGCGGCCAUAUUGGCACAGGGGGCCAAGACCUCGUUUAAAAAAAGUGGCCUACAAGAGGACGAUCGGGCGUAUUGCCAUUACCUAUCGAAAUGCUUACAACUACUCGGCCCAGCGCUUGGCAAGGAGGAGGAGGAAGAGGAAGAUCCACAUAAACAGCAGCAGCAGCAGCAUCACCACCACCAACUGCACCUGCUCACGUCAAACAUCGAGGCGGUCCUCCUCACUGUCCUUCUUCUCACGUCUGCAAACGCCUCCAACACCAAACAAAACUGGCGGGCCCACCUCCGAGGGGCCAAGGAUCUCUUGUUGAAACACACGUACUCUGUCAAUGCCCGCUCGAGAAGCUCAAGAAUGAGAAGUACCCCAAUCUUCAUCUUCUGUAAAUUUUGGUACAUCUCCAUUGAAAUUCUUGCCGGGUUGUCGUCUGAUUACGGCGGAACAUUGAAAGGAGACGACGAAUUGGACAUGCUUAUCACCCUGGGAGACACGUACGAAAUCAUGGUGAUGAAAGGUUUCAAUCUCGUACGAGAAGACGGGUUCAACAUCUUGUUUGGGUACCCCAACGAUUGCGUCCCGCAUCUACGCGACCUCAUCAAGGUGUUGAACCGAAGAAGAAGUGAUAAGAUCACUAGCACCGACGAGUAUUUCCGGUUGAUUUCAGCCUUCUAUGAACAAGGAAUGCGUCUGUACGUCAGUAGAGAUGCAAUUGUAAACGAUGUAAGGGUCCCCACGCCUGGUUCCUUGGUCGAUACCUUCAGGUCUCCAGACCUGUCGAGACCCGCAUAUCUGGUGAGCUGGGUCGACUUGUCGCAUCAAUCGUACAUUAUUGCGGCCCAGAUCACCCUACUCACAAAGGGGUUCAACAUGCCGUCCAGCUCGCCACGAAUCCAGGAACUCGUUGGAAGAUUCACCUCGAUGUUGAGCUUUCUCCUGAGCCCAGAUACCCCGGGAAUAAAGUUCGCCGUGCUCAUGGUGCAAUGGCCACUGUUGAUCAUAGGACUCAAUUGCGUAGAAGAGGAGGACAAGUUUUUAAUCAUGAAACUAUUCCGACUUUCCGCCCAGGUGGGUUCUGGCAGUGCCGGGUUCUCCUUAAGAAGGUUGCACAAGGUCUGGAGAGAUGGUACAGAUGGCGCAGAGGACGAGGAUGCAGGGGUGGAUAUCAUGACAUAUUAA